AUGAGCCGGUACCAGCCGCAGUACACUGUGUGCGGCAACCUGCUCUGCUCCCCGUCCUGGGCAACAGGAAAGGUGCACGGCUCCCUGGCUCGUGCCGGUAAGGUGCGUGGCCAGUGCCCCAAGGUCGCCAAGCAGGACAAGAAGAAGACGCCAAAGGGCCGCGCACUCAAGCGCCUGAAGUACAUUCGCCGCUUCGUGAACGUUGUCGUUGGCUUCGGCAAGGCUCGCGGGCCCAACUCCAACCAGCAGUAG